CAAUCUCUAUAUAUUUCACUUCUCACAAGAUCCCCAAACUAGUGCUAGUUCUUUGAGGUACCGUGCGAGUGGUUUUACAAAGAGCUGUCGUUAGGUUUGGGAGAAAAAUGGCGUUGCCAAAGGCCAAGGAGAUCGUUGCGUCCAAUCCUGUCGUUGUUUUCAGCAAGUCGUACUGUCCGUUCUGCGUGACCGUGAAGCAGCUUUUGACUCAAUUGGGCACCACUUUCAAGGCCAUUGAGUUGGACACUGAAAGUGAUGGCAGUGAGAUACAAUCAGCUCUAGCAGAGUGGACUGGACAGAAGACUGUGCCCAAUGUAUUCAUCGGCGGGAACCAAAUUGGUGGCUGUGACAAAACGACAGCCUUACACAAGGAGGGCAAGCUGAUUCCCCUGCUGACAGAAGCUGGAGCUCUUCCUAAGUCUUCUGCAUAAAGUUCCAUGGAUCAUGAGUGAAGUUUGUGUGUGUCGUGAGUAAAGUAUAAAUAAGUGUCCAGUUUUAUGAUGUUUGUCUAAUCUGUCCCAACUUUUUCAAAAACUUAAAUAACAUGGGACUCGUAUUUUUCUGUGAUUGUUGGUAUGCCCAAUAGGAAGAUAUGCAUUAUGCAGUUGCUUAUAGGGUUUAAGGUAUCUUGUUUCUCGUUUUAGGAAUUGAUCAUUCCUGUGCGUGCCCAAACUCAGUUCUGUGUUUAUGUGUUGUUGUACUCGUGGGUUUCUUUUAUAUGAAAAACUAUUUAGGUAA